AUGAUGGUGCUGCUGUGCCUGCUGGGUCUGAGCAUCAGCCUGGCGAUGCGUGUCAACUUGUCGGUGGCCAUCGUGGACAUGGUCAACGAGACGGCCGUGCGCGAACGGGGCUCCAACGGCAGCGCCCUCGUCUUCUUCGACCCUGACGCCAGUCCGGGGGAGCUGGCGGUCAGGGGUCCGGGUGGUCGCAAAGACGGUGACUUCGCGUGGGACAAGCAGAAGCAGGGCGAAAUCCUGGCCGCCUAUUACUAUGGCUAUGUAAUCGGACACUUGCCGGGCGGCAUGCUAGCAGAUUACUUUGGAGGGAAGAUAGUGUUCGCAGUUGGCAUCUUUGUUUCGUCUCUGCUCUCUAUUCUUACUCCGGCUUCAGCGUGGGCUGGUGAUUACGUCCUGUUCGCCAACAGAGUCGCACAGGGGGCUGUAGGUGGUAUGGUGAUCUCGGUGGCGGCAACGGGCGCUCUAUGCUCGACGUCGGUACGCUGGCCACUGACCUUCUACGUGUUUGGCGGCAUCGGGCUGCUAUGGUGCCUGCCAUGGUGGCUGUUAGCUGCCGACUCGCCGGCGCAACACAGGAACAUCGACCCGGCUGAGCGUCGAUACAUCGAGGCCACUAUACAAUCGAGUGCCAAGCAAAAACUGCCUGUGCCGUGGAGGAGCCUGCUGUCGACGCCAGCUAUCUGGGCCCUGGUCGUCUACCUCAUGGCCUCGGACAUUACUCUGUACCUGCUACUGUCUUCGCUGCCGCUCUACAUUGCCGACAUCUUGCACUUUGACGUGGAAAGUAAGAGCGGAGCCGGCUACAGCGCCCUCUUGCACGCAGGUCUGCUGGUUCCCGCGGUGGCGCUGGUGGUGGUGGCGCUGGUGGGCUGCGACUCGGCCGCCAUCGUGGCGUCGCUGGCGUUCGGCGGCUUCUGCAUGGCCGCGCACUGCUCCGCCUUCUACAUGAACAUGCAGGCCAUAGCGCCCAACUUCGCCGGCACUCUCGUUGGCUUCGUCAACACCUUCGCAUCAUUGUCACUUAUGUCGUCGGAGCUGUCACCAAUGAAAAUGUACGUCGUAUCAUAUCACUUGUGGCAAGUAGAAGCAGCUUCACACCUGGUCCACACUGUGGAACCGACGCGGGCGUCGUGGCACUUGGUGUUCUACAUGACGGCAGCGGUGGCGGCGGCCGGCUACGUCCUCUACGCCGUCUUCACCACCGCCGAGGAGCAGCCUUGGAACGUCCCAUCCACAGAGAACGAAGCCACAGCGAAGAAUGACAAGGGCGUUGUGAACACAGCGUUUGAUGGGGACGACUCUCUGUUCAACAGUCGAAGAUCUAGACUCUAA